CACUCUACAUUAUAUUCAUUGGGUCUCGUACAUUGUACUUGCUACAUUUUUGAGCGGGACCUCUAAAUAUUUGCAAUAAUUAUGAUGGUUAGAGAUGAGAGAUAGGCUUUUGGUAUUAUUGUUGUUAGGCGUUGGCGCUAUUAAAGUGUAUGAGGAGUACGAUGAGGAAGAAAAAGAGGAACGGGACCCUCUAGAAUUUAUGAAACAUAAGCACAGCAAAAGAGACUUGGAGUCUGUUGAAAAAACUAUCCCCAAUCCAAUGCCGAUUGAAGAGAAAACCAUAGAAGUUAUAUCGAAUGGACUGUCGCCGAAACUUAGAGCUAAAUGUAAAGACAUUGAGGAUGAGUGCUCUUGCAAACGACUCCUAUGUUUUGGUCCUGACAGUUGUGACUGGACAAGUAAAGAUAACGUAGAAGUACAACUGGGAAACUCCACGAAGCUUAUAUGGCUCACCCGUUGUCGUCAAACGUUUAUUUUAGGACAAAAUCUAUGCGAAUGCAAGCGGCUACUCUUUCGGGAAGAGGAUGCGAAGUGGUUGACAGCAUCCACAACUGACACACCAUUGAUGCAGCUGUUGUAGUUCACCUUCUUUAACAGCUUUACUCUGCAUUUGUUCCCCGCAUUUAUUUUAAAUUCAUUUUGAUUUCCUUUAUUUGAAAUGUAGACAUUAAAUUUAUUUCAAUAUAGAUAUAUAUUCGCACGUCUUUUUCAUAGUUCUUUGCUGAUUUUAUCCUCAUGUAAUUCUCGUUAUUUAUUUCAGAGUCAAGCGGAUAUGAUAUCACUCUCACAAAAGGUAGCCCUGAUAACAGGAGCAAGUUCAGGAAUUGGAAGGGCAACUGCAGUUUUGUUUGCAGAACUGGGAGCAUGCAUUGCUUUGGUUGCUCGAGAUAAAACAAGAUUGGAGGAGACUCGGCAAGCAUGCAUUAAAGCAGCUCAAAAAGAAGUUUAUGCAAAGCACAAAGAGCCUUUUUUGUGCGUUGAAGCUGAUUUAACCGAUUCAAAGGAAACUGAAAAAGCUUACCGUUUGGUGAUUAACCACUUUCAUCAACUUGAUAUACUGGUAAAUAAUGCUGGAUGCAUGAUACGAGAUACAGCAGAAACAUUCAAUGUGGAUGAAUUUGAUCAUUUGAUGAAAGUCAAUUUAACUGCUGCAAUUUCUUUAACUCAUCUUGCUAUUCCUGACCUUACUGUCACUAAAGGUGCCAUUGUAAAUGUAUCCAGUGUUUGUGGCAAUCGGUCGUUUCCUGGAGUAAUGUCUUACUGCAUUAGCAAAGCAGCAUUGGAUCAAUUUACCAGGUGCACUGCGCUAGAUUUAGCUCCUAAAGGAAUUCGAGUAAAUGGUGUCAGCCCGGCGGUUAUCGUUACUGAACUGCAUCGACGAUCUGGAAUGUCAGAAAAGGACUAUGGUGAUUUUCUAGCAAAGGCCAAAGAUACGCACGCUCUAGGUCGAACUGGCACUGUGGAAGAAGUGGCUCAAGCUAUCGCUUUUCUUUCAAGCUCUGCUUCCAGCUUUACUACUGGCAGUUCAUUAAUGGUUGAUGGUGGUCGAUCUAUCAUGUGUCCAAGAUAAUUAACAAUAUUUUUGAAGCAUAAUUCGAAUGCUCUCUUUUUGAUACAUUGGAUUAGUAAUAUUUAUUUUUUCAUUACUGUAAUUGAAUACCAUUUAUCAAAUAAAACUCGGCAAAAGGAGGUUCACUGUGUCGAACCACAGAUAC